GCGUUACGUUCUCAAAGAUCCAAAAGUGCUUUUUGAAUCUGGAAGCUGCACAACAUCCCACAAACCCCAAACCAAAAGCGAUUAUGACCUCAUUCAUUCUUUCUUUUGGAGGGACAACAUCAAUCAAAUCAUCAUCAUGAAGGAUAAGGAAAAGGCUUUGGAGGAAGCUGCCGAUAGCUGCGAAGCUGAAGCUGCCAGGAGCGAUGGGGGUGUUGAGAACCGCCCUUCCGAAGCAACCCAAAUCCAAGCAGCCGAAAUGGAUCUCCUGCGAGAGAAACAAAGUGUCUUUCAUCAAAUUUCAAAAGAGGAGAAAGUCCAAGCAACCAAAGAGGAUCCCAUGAGAGAGAAGCAGGAUGUUUCUAUUUCCGAAGGAGAGCUCAUUUCCAAGGAUGCUGGUAAAAGCAAGCAAGAGGCCAGCAGGGACGGGAAUGUCGAGAACCGCCCAACCCAACUCCAAGCAGCCGAAGAAGACCUCUUGCGAGAGAAACGAAGUGUCUUUCAUCGACUUUCAAAUGGCGGGACAGUGGAAACAACCAAAGAGGAUCCCACCAGAGAGAAGCUGGAUGUUUCUCUUUCCAAAGUGGAGCUCAUUUCAAAGGAUCCUGGCAAAAGCAAGCAAGAAUCCUUUCCGAAGAAUGCCUCAACGGUGCCCAAUAGUGACGACGUGGAAGCUAUCGAAAUCAACAGUGCUGCUCCCAGCGGUGGAGAGGAAGCAGCCCCUCCUCCCGUCUGGAGUGAAACGCCUCAAGCAAGUAGUGAAGUUUGCGCGAGGCCUGGUGCUUUCCAUGUCGAGGGAUACGCGUCAGAGGAAUCCAACGACUAUACUUCCGAGGAAAGUUCCGUGGAAGCGGAUAUCGAGCAAGGACAACCCGAACAACACGUGGAGGCACGGGUUGUCAGUGAUGAUGACUUGAGAGCUGAGAUCGCACAGGAGACUGAAGACGAGGUCCGGAAAAGGAUCUUGGACGAAGCCGUUGCUGCGACUUCUGUGUCGAGAGUCGGCAGCAAUCGAGGAAAGUGGAAGGUAGCUCUGCUGGCCGUCAUCCUUCUGGUUUCGAUUGUCUUGAUUCUUGUGCUCGCAUUGCGCUCCAGCCCGACAGAAGAGGCUGCAUCUGUAGAAACCGCUCCGAUUUCGUCAGAAGAAGAAAACACGGAAAGCCUUCUUACCAAGGAAACGUUUCUGAUUCAGUUGCUGUCAUUGGUCAGUAGCAAAGCUUUAUUGCUGGAUAACUCCACUCAUCAGUUUCGGGCAUUGCAGUGGAUGAUGACCAAUGACACCAUCGCGGAGGGGCUAAUCUUCAAUAAUGGAAGCCUUGAAGAAACCAUGUCGAACGAGACCGACGAGAAGCUGACCUCGGCAAAUCCCGUCCUGGAUUCCUAUGCACCCAACAAUUUCCUUCUCGCGGAACGUUAUGUCCUUGCUCUUUUGUACUUUGCAACCGGGGGAGAGGACUAUUGGAAUGAACAGCACGACUUUUUGAAUACCAAUACGUCUGUCUGUGAUUGGCCACCUCCUUUGGAAGGAGAGAAAGAUGACGCCUUUGGCGUUCGCUGCAACGAAGAUAGGAGAGUUACAAAGAUCCACUUCCGUUUCAACGGCUGGCAUGGUACAAUCCCUUCCGAGCUAUCCUCUGUCGCGAACUUGGAAAUCCUGGACAUGGCUGGAAUGAGUUUGUACGGGACGCUUCCAUCAGAAAUUGGACUGUUGUCAAGACUGGAACGGCUGGUCCUGGCUCACAAUGAGCUUACUUCAACAAUCCCCACAUCAUUGGAGCAACUGACCAACCUGCAAUGGAUCUACCUAUUUGUAAACAUGUUCACAGGCACCAUUCCAAGUGAGCUGCCCCAGAUAGAGUUGGAAGAAUUCUUGCUUGACAACUGCUUAUUGACCGGGACGGUUCCGCCGUUCCGGGAAGAAGGGGCGAUGCGAAGAAUUCAGAUACAAGGGAACUCAUUUUCUGGAACCAUCCCACAACUUGACACCUUGGGCCAUCUCUAUCAACUCCGGAUCCGUGACAACAUGCUCACUGGAACCAUCCAUAGUGGGUUUAGCACGCUGACGAGCUUGAGAUAUUUUGAAACCCAGAACAACAUGCUUUCAGGGGAGCUGCCGCCUGAAAUUGCUGGCAUGACAAAUCUGGAGGAGUUGCUCUUGAGCAACAAUCGGUUCAUCGGUCAGAUUCCGAAUCUUGAAUACAUGGAGCGCCUGGCAUGGCUGGACUUGUCGAACAAUCGUUUCACAGGUAGCUUCCCAAUUCUUCCGGGAAGCAUUAGUGACAUCGACCUCUCGUUCAACCCCAUCACUGGUCAAGUUCCAGAGUGGAUCUCAACGUAUGACAACUUUAUCGGUGGAGGGUUUAUCCGACUAUCCCACACAAACCUAACGGGAUCACUCGAUCCAAUCUUUUGUAAUCGAAGUGAGCCUCCACCCGCAAUGUUGGAAGCGGAUUGCACUGUUUCCCCGUUGACGGGCCAGGCUGAGUUGGAAUGUUCCUGCUGUACCACGUGUUGUGAUGACGAAACCGAGGAAUGCCAGAUGGACUUGGAAUCUCAGUGCGAGGCAAAAGCAGGGCAGUUUGAAUUAGAAUGGAACGACCCCACGUGCUCCUGCACUCGUGGAGGCACUGAUUUGGCUUGUUCGGGCCGACAGUGUGAGAGUUGUUUGAAUGACGGGUCCAUCUGUGCUUACCCAAAACGCUUUGGCUUCUCAUCGCCUGAAUUAAACGGUACCAUCAACGAUGAGAAUCUUGAGGAGUUGUACAGAUUCUGGCACUGUGAGAUGCAAUACGUGAAAGGAAGGAACGAGCUUGUGUCUUUUCAGUACGAUUCUAGCCCAGAAGAGGAGACAUGCAUCGUUUCAGUGGACGGCGUCGAGUGCAACAGCUGCAACCCAAUGGUGUGUUCCUCUGGAUUGGAAACAUGGCGAAUCGAUUGUACAAACAUCGAGCAAUCGUCUUUCUUCUAUCCUUGUGAUCCCUCGACCUCGGAUGGAGGAGCAUUGCUAGCGUCCUUCAGUAAGGACUUUAUGGACUCGUCUUGUGGGCCGUGCUGGCAUCCACAUUGAGAUGUACUUCCUUCCCAUGGUACUCAUACAUGUGAGAAUGGCAAAUCGCGCAUCCAUUGCAACUAACUAUUGUAAAAGCAAUUCAUUACGUCU